CAAUGAUGUCAUAAUUGAUGAGGACAUGGGUUGGUUGACCGUAACUCCUCCCAGCUCCACUGAGUAUGUUUCUAUAAAAUUAAAGCAUUCUUCACAAGCAUCUCGAUACUUCAUUACAGAUCAAGGAUCUUCACUAGAAAAAAGCUACACUUACGGGAAGUUCAUGGCAUCGGCAAGUGGCUUUCCGGCAAGUUUUUAUGGUGAGCCAGGUGUGCUUGGGCUCCUGGCCAAUGGCAUCAGUGCUUUCCUUGUCCUGCUGCAGAACUUCCAUGGGGCCAGGACUGGCAUUCCUGCAGAGGGAGUGGAGAACAUAUUAGCAGGCGUUCAUCUCAUUCUGAUUGGUGGAGUGUGUCAGCUUGUGGCAGGAUUGCUGUCUUUCCGAAAAUAUGACCAUCUGAGUGGAACGUCAUUUGUAGGAUACGCAGCACUGUGGGGGAGUUAUGGAGCCACACGAAUUUUUCUAGGUGCCAACCAACAACGUCCAAACAUAUUUAAUCAAUCAGCAAUGAUAAACAGCACAUUUCAAGAUCUGUACACAAACACUAGUGUCAAUCAAACUGACAUUACAAUGUACAUCAAGGAGUCUGCCAUAGCUGGGCUGGUACCCUACAUCUUACUUUCCUUUCUACUGGCCUUCUGUUCGGCAACAGUAAACUACAUCAUGCCCUUUGUGUUUGGGGCCAUCACCCUCACACUGAUAUUUGAGGCUGUGGGUCUGGUAGCAGGGUGGGCUUUAGUGGUCUCUGGGGUUCUGGAGCUCCUAAUCCUGCUCUUUGCCAUAUAUGGCUCAUCAGCCUUGCUAAUCAAGGGAUUAGCCCAACGGUAUGUGCUAAAGGGUUUUGGAAACCCUCUCUUUAAUGUGCUGCUCCUAGGAACCACCAAUGCCAGCAGCUCCCAAAGCUUGGGCCAAGAGAAGAAGAAGAACACAAAAUAUGCUGAACCUAUGGCCUUGGGAUUCUUCUGCGACACAGUCUCACCAUUUAUAUUCGCCUUCUAUGCCUUUGGCUACUUCCCGUCCAUCCCAGUAGCUGCCAUCUGGAUAAGCAUAAAUUCUGCUGCUCAGCUUUUAUCUAGCUAUUAUGCAUAUCUGCGUCAAGACUGCUACCAUGCAACCAAGUUUGGUCUGCACUGCGUGUUUUGGUUGGUGAAGACCUGGGAAGAGUAUGUGGUGUCUGUAACCAUUAGCCGGACUGAAGCUGGUGAAGUAAGGCACGCCAUGGUUGGCAACUGGUUCUUCCUGUCUGCUGCUUUGGUUUUCUGCAUCACAAGUCUAAACAAAGACACUCUUGAGCUAGUUCACAAUUCAUUUUUUGUCCUGGUGACCAUAUCAACCAUCUCCCAGAUUCCCAUCGACAGGUACUACAUCUUUUUUGGAGUGACCUGCUCCCUCUUCACCCUCUUGUCCUUCUAUGGCACCUUUGCACGCCUCAUCAACACCAUUGCUGAGAAGUCCUUGAUUCCAGUUGGACCCCAACCUGUCUCCACUGAAUCCCUGCAGAAAUAUCUCAGUUACCUCAGGAGAUCUAAACUGGAUGAGCCUGAGGAUAAAGGUUCACAGCUCCCAGAUGCUUUAUUCUAUCUGUCCAAUGGAGUGGCUGCACUCUCAGCCAUUCACAAUGGUCAGUCUGGACUGGCGUUUUUGGACCUGACUGUUCCCUGGGUACUCAUCCCAGGAGCCAUUAUCCAGGCCUAUGUCAGUCGACUACAAGUACAAGGUGGCCAGAGAUUCGGCUCUGUCAUUCCCUCAUUCUACGUGGCUAUUUGGGCAACUUGGAGCUGGUUUAGGUUUGCAGGACAUCGCUUGCAAAUAUCCACAGAGUCAGCAAACGGAUUUGCAGCUGGGGCAAUAGCAUUCCUGGUCAUUAAUGCCUUCUUGAUUCUAGUUGCAACCUAUGGCAAUCUAGUUCUCUUGGCAUUGACCACUGUCAUGGAGGUCAUCAUAGUUUGUUUUCUCCUCUCUACUUUUGAAAGACUGCCCUAUCAGUUAGAAGUUGCUAUGCUAGCAAUUUUCGCCAUCAUAUGUUUGUAUGGCAUGCUAGCAUCCCUUGUGAACGGUAUCUUCUCCAAGACCCUAAUACCAGUUGGACCUUCCCUUAUCAAGGACAAGAAAAAGAAGAAAUCUGAGACCACAUAUCCAUGUUUUAUUGCUAAGUCUCGGGAAACCAGCGGACUGCUCAAGAUUGCAAAAUUGUUGGAAAACAAUGGAGUGUGUGGUAUCCCUACAGAUACUGUCUAUGCCUUGGCUGCUUCAUGCAAGAACCCCAGUGCAAUUGAGAAGAUCUACUCUAUCAAAGACCGUCCUGCAGAAAAGCCGAUUUGUAUCUGUAUCUCAAGUGUUGAGCAACUUGUGGCAGCCAAACCUCCCUUCAGUCCUCUGCUGUGGGAGUUCAUGAGAAAUGUCUACCCAGGAGGCAUUAGUUGCAUUGUCCCGAAGGGCGAAUGGCUCCUUAAACUCGGUGUGGGUCCCGCAUAUGACCGUGUGGGGACCAGAGAAAGCAUUAUGAUAAGAGUACCUGACCACACUGCUACUGCUCACCUGUGUGAAUUCACCGGUCCAUUGGCCAUUACAUCAGCCAAUCCCAGUGGAGAAGCUGACAGUACCCAUCAUGAUAUGGUCAUCAACCGUCUGGGCCACAAGAUUGAAGGAGUCCUAUGUGAUGGAGAAUCUAAUGAGGUGGUGGCAUCAACUGUAGUGAACUGCCUCAAAAUUGAUGAAGGAACUAUCAGCAUUCUCCGUGAAGGUUGUGUACCUGCUUUGAAAGUGAGGCAGAUUUUUGAACGAGUAAAAAGCAACAUGCUAUAGGAUUACUACUAACAUCAGCUUCGACAGCACCUCUAUUUGCUGUAUUUAAAGUGAAGGAAGUUUCAUUUUGCACAUGAAGAGAAAA